AAAAAAUUUAUAAAGAUGUCCAAGGAAGUGAGUACUGAAGAAGGAGAAGCUUCUCAGCCUGUGAUCAGAGACUACGUUGACCCACCACCAGCUCCACUUUUUGACGCAAAAGAGCUUGCUGUCUGGUCCCUUUACAGAGCAGUUAUCGCAGAGUUCAUUGCGACCCUUCUCUUUCUCUACAUAACUGUUGCCACCGUUAUCGGUUACAAGAAGCAAACCGAUCCAUGCGAGACAGUUGGCCUUCUGGGCGUCGCUUGGGCCUUUGGGGGCAUGAUUUUCAUCCUUGUUUAUAGCACUGCAGGAAUAUCAGGUGGUCAUAUUAAUCCAGCCGUGACGUUCGGUUUAUUCCUGGCACGAAAGAUUUCGUUAAUAAGAGCGAUUUAUUACAUAGUGGCUCAGUGCUUGGGAGCAAUAUGUGGAGUAGCGUUGGUGAAGGGCAUCAUGAAGGACUACUACGACGCUCUUGGAGGUGGCACUAACGCCGUGUCUCCGGGCUACUCCAAGGGAACCGCUUUAGGAGCUGAGAUUAUUGGGACUUUCGUACUUGUCUAUACAGUCUUCACUGCCACGGAUCCUAAGCGAAACGCCCGCGAUUCCCACGUCCCAGUUUUGGCUCCCUUGGCAAUUGGGUUUGCCGUAUUUUUGGUGCACUUGGCGACCAUCCCCAUCACAGGCACAGGAAUAAACCCAGCUCGGAGUUUUGGGACUGCUUUAAUCUACAACAGCGACAAAGUUUGGGAGGAUCAGUGGAUUUUCUGGGUGGGACCUUUUGUGGGAGCGCUUGCUGCAGCGCUAUAUCAUCAGUUUAUUCUGAGAGCCACGGCUGCCAUCAAAGCUUUGGGAUCGUUCACCACCAACCCCACCAAAUAG